AUAGAAGCUAUCUUGUUCUUCUCCAACAAAAGAAUCUACCACCACUUCUCUCUCCUACUCAUGAACUCCAUGUCUUGCCAAACAACAUUCACAUGUCUUUGUUUCUUGUGAAAAAAAGAUAAAAUUACUUUCAACCUUUUGCUUGGAGUUGGUUCUCCACUAACCACUGCUCCUCUUUAUCCACACCCCUACUACCAGCAAAAUGCUAAUGCUCUGAAAGAAAAACAUAGUUCUAGCUGCUGCUGCUGCUCAUCAUAAAGACCACAUUCGGACGCUUCCUCCAUUUUCUUUUCCAAACUUGGCCAUGAAUCCCACAACCCUCUUGCUCCUUUUGCCCUUGUUCACUCAGUUUUUGGAAGUUGAGCCUGCAAAACCCAAGCUUCCAGGGAAAACCAGGUUCCCCAUCUCACAAAUCAGUGUGAUGGGCUUUGUAUAUUGCGAUUUCUGCUCCAAUAACAGCUUUUCCGGACACAGCUACUUUUUGCCAGGUGCUGAGGUGAAAGUAGAUUGCAUGUUCAAAGCACUCUCAGAGAAAACUGCUGAACAGAUUUCACUUUCAGUGAACAGAACUACCAACAAGUUUGGGAUGUACAAGCUGGAAAUUCCUUCAGUUGAUGGUGUGAAAUGUGCAGAAGAUUCUGUAGUUGUGUCUUCAUGCCAAGCAAGCUUAAUAGGUAGUUCAUCCUCUGCUUGCAAUGUUCCUGGCUACAGAACCACUUCUAAUGUGAUUGCAAUCAAAGCAAGAAAAGCUAACCUCUGCAUAUACAGCUUCAAUGCUUUGACUUUCAGACCAUCCAAGAGGGACAUCACCCUCUGUGGUAAUUAAAAGAAGAAGCUUACACAAGUAGGCCUAGAGCUUGGUCACUUGUGUAUACAUACAAAUUUCAAGAAAAUAAAUGAAAAAAAAAAAAAAAAAACUCAUAUGUUCUCUUUUUGAAGCCCAUUAUGGGCACAGAUCUCUUGUCUCUCUCUCUUCAUUGUUUUACUGCAUUAUUUGUUUGGUAAUACUGUUUUCAUAUUAUGCUACGUUAGAGAAAGUAUCAUGGAAGUAGAGUUUGGGUGUGAGAGAUAGUUCCUUUUUGAUUUAUGCAGUUGAUUAGGUUUUGUUAAAAUGUACUGGUAGAUGUAUAUUGUACAGAGCAUGCAAGUUGUUAAAGAAGGAACACAUGAAUAAACAAGUUAUUGUUGUGCA